CCACACUGGCACGAUUCAGGCGACCCGUCCGAGUCGCUGACCUGUCGCGCGCUUGCACGCACGUUCAUUGCAUCCUUGCAAGUUGGAGCCGCCGAACCGUAGGUCCUGGGGCAUUGCAGCGUGCAUCGCCGGGGCUCGCAGCUCGCCGAACUACGGAGUAAUCGCAGCUGCAUCUGCUCCGGUUCCUUUUCGCUUGGCCGCUUUGAGAAGUGGUCGCGGUUGAGGGUGACGGUGUGGUUUGCGCCCUUUUUACGGCUUUGACGCCUGCGCAUUCGCCGGAUCGUCUACAUACCUUAAUCAGCAGCAGCAGGAGCAGGAGCAGGAGCAGGAGCAGGAGCAGCCCGAGUCCAGCGACCGCCUUCCAUUUAGCACCCGCUGAUCGCUGAACCCGCUAAUCUUUCACCGCCCGCGCGCACGCAGCGUUUUGAUCCUUCCCGGCGCAAGCAUGCCGUCCAAGCUCCCUUGGUCUGGCAAGAACAACCGCUCUCAACACAAUCUCGUGGCGUCGAGGGGUGCCGAGGACCCUGUCUCGGUGCCCGCAUCAGCUGCUGGUGGUGCGAACCCCCCGAGUGUGGGUGCGGGUGCGGGUGCGGGUGCAGGUGCGGGCGGUGCAAACCCCCCCUCAGCCUCGCCCAACCCGGCCUUCAGCUCCAGCGAAUCCUUUCAAACCGAGACCGCAAACGCCGGCCGGGGUAAUCACGCACAACAACAAUCCCCGCCUCCGCCGCCACACUUGGUUAACCCCUACGGCGACCCUGGUGCCGGCGACAACUCCGCGAGCAUUCCGCCGCAGCUGCAGCACUCUAACAGUGUUUCGGCCGCCUUCGACUCGCGCCGGCAGCGGGACGACCAAGAAUUUCCCGACCAGGUGACGCGCUCCCAAUCGUAUCGCUACACACAGCCGUCCCCCACUUCAACCCAACAACUGCUCCUCCAGCAGCAGCAUCAGGAGCACCAGCAGCACCAUCACCACCAGCACUAUCACCACCCCCACCAGCAACACGCACAACAUCCACAACACCCACAACAUCCACAACACCCACAACACCCGCAACACCCGCAACACCAACAAAUUCAGCCACUGCCAGGAUCUGCCUCGGUCGAGGAUCUUAGCUCUCCUGGCCACCCAAACAUUUCGUCGCCCAUUCUUGGUGCUCCCCCACGACCCCAUUACGUCCAACAGCAGCAGCCGCCACCGCCACCGCCGCCCCAGGCCCAGCCUCCGAAGCCGAAGCAGUCUACUCGCAAGCUGAUCAAAAACAUACUCAAUCCCCGGGGCCAGGACUUCGCACCUCAGACGCAACAUAACCAACACGGCGGUGCCGCAGGCCCAGCACGCAGGAACUCGAAGCGCGUGAGCCUCCCUACGCCGUACCCCCCGCCAAUUCGGACCGGCGCCUCCCAGAUCUCGCUCGAUCAGCAGCAGCAGCUCGAGUGGCAGAACCAGGGCCCUCCGACUCAGCCAUCCCCCCUGCAAGGUGUAGGAUCUUUCCGCGAAUCGUUCGUAACUGAGGACUCUGACCAAGAGCUGCGUGUGCAGAACCCACAGGACAACCAUCACUCGACCAUCAGGCCAGUCCCAGCUUCAGACGCCGAGUCGUCCUCGUACUCGACUGAAGAUAACGGGUACCGCCCACACAGAGGACAUCUCUCGUCUCACGGUCAGCUUCCCCCCGAGCUGCAACACCAGCAAUAUAACCAGGCGGUUUUCGAAGCCGACUCGCAUCCGCAUCAGCACCAGCAGCAGCAACAACAACAACAACAACCACAGUAUCAGUUCUCAGACUACCAGCAGCAGCAGCAGCAGCAGCAGCAGCAGGCCCAGUAUCAGGGCGGCAACCAGCAGGCAUUUUCGGGACACCUCGCCGCCAAUCCGCAGCACCAGAACCCCGAAACCGUGUCGCAGCUGUCGCAUGAGUCUCCCACCAAGGAUUCGGACCAGCCUUCUACUAGUAGCGUACCACCGCCGACGGUGCAGAGCGGCUCCGCUGCGGUAAACUACCCCGCGCAGACACAGGAUCUUCCCGGACUGCAGAACCCACUACCUGGUGCUCAAACUCGGGCCCCGCAGCAGCAAACCAUGGCCCCACCAUCCGGCGGGCCGCCCCCGGCGCGGAGGUCCCAGGAGGCGGAGAAGAUGCGUGAGCAAGUGCAGCCGCCGCCCGGGCCGCCACCGAACUACCGGCAGAGCCAACAGAACCCCAACAUGAAUCCGUUACCCCAACCUCCCAAUGCGGGACCGCCGAACCCGAACUUCCGCGCUAGCAACGUGCCCGACAGGCAGCAGUUUGAUGGACAGGGCGAGCCUCAAGGGCGUAACAGCCCGCAGCCCCCACCUAACGAUCGCGCGGCCGAAGACCCCGAGAAAGCGUUCAAGGACCUCUUGACCAAAUACAAGAACGUCAAACGGCUCUACUUUGACGGCAAGAAGGAGAUUGAACAGUUGAAUGGUCAAGUAGAGCAGCUUCAGAACGCCAUAGCCAACCAGCGCAUGUCGCAGAGCCGGACGUCACUCGACGACAGCGAGUACACGACACGUUUCAACCGCCUUAAUGGCGCCAUCAACAACCUGUCUUUCAAUAUCCGCAAAGAUUGGGCCUCGCUACCGGCAUGGCUGGCGCCCUUUGUGAGUCCUGACGCACUCAAGACGGGCAAGCAGGAGAUGACGGCCGUUGGGCGAGCUGUCAUCACGCGCUGGCUCGUAGACGAGAUCUUCAACCGCUGCUUCCACCCGGGCCUGGAUCCGGAGCUCAGCAGACAGCUCAAGGCCAUCGAGCUCAACAUCCGGAACUUUAGCUACACCAUGAACAGCCAGGAGGAGUUUGACGCGCUGACGACCAAGGUAGUGAACUGGCGCAUGGCUACCCUUGAGGGCCUGCAGGACGUGCUCCAAAGCCCCGAGAGCGCCAAUUACAGAAACGAUUUCACGCGACGGGCCACGAGCAACCUGACGGCGUCGCUCUUCCAGUACCUGGUCGACCCCCCACCGGCGGGCGUCGAGGGCAGCGCCAGCAUGAUUGUCGAGCUCGCCGUCGGCAUCGCGAGCAACCUGCCCCUCGAGAGCCGCGACGUUGCCAUCCUCUACCCCUUGCCCGAGCAGCCUAUCCAGCCGGAGCUGAUGGAGGUGGAAAAGACGGGCCUGCCAGCGUUGGAACCCCGCCCGUCCGAUGCGAGCGAGGAGGCGCCGGGGCCGGGAGCGGGAGCGGCGGAUAAUGGUGGCGGUGCCGGUGGUGCUGGAGGAGGCAAGGGCGAAGCGCCUACCAACAAGGACGGUGGCAGCGGCGGCAGCGGCGGCAAGGACCGACGCGGCGACAAGAGAUCGGCUCACCCACCGCCCAAGGACCCGGGCAAGGUGCGCUUCGCCGGAUUCGUCGCCGUCGAAGUGCGUGGCCGACAGGUGCUGGUCAAGGCGCCCGUGUGGACGCUGGGGUGAUUUGUCACUGCGUCGAGGGGCGUGGAAGGAUAAUCGAAUGGAUAUGGCGGGGAUGCGAAGUGAGGCCGCCUUGUAGUGGAUAUUGGGGGAGGGAAGCACGCCAUUGGCAGCUGCUGUGGUGAAAAGAAAGAAGACGAAGUCAAGGAGCUUGGUGUCGCGAGCCGGGCAGAGUGUGGUUCUAGGGGCGGAACGGGAGGAUAUAGGGUGAUCGGGCUGAAUGAUUGGAGAGAAGGGUUACACCUGAAGGUUGGACAAGCCCCGUGGUUCCUCUUCGCUUUUUUUCCCCCUUUUUCGUUCAAUGCUCUUGGGAUGAUGGCUUGCCUCCUGCGGCGGAGGAUGGAUUGUCUUUUUUUUUCGUCCGUGCUAUGCAUGUCGAUAUAUACCCGGAGAAUCUGUCGUGGCAGGUAUGAAGCCAGUACAAAUCGUCUUGCGCAUUAACAGCUGGUAUGAACCAUGGUGUCUGCUUC